AUGGAAAAGAAACUGAAGAAGUCAUUUCCCGGGGUUUUGUUGGGAGGAAAUGUGCAAGGGCAACCCGCCACACCAGCUGCCAAUAGGCGUGGAGCCUCUGUGGCUGCUGGCAGUCUGUGUCGGUUCUUCGUACUCAGAUGGUCAAAAUGGGAUUUGAUCCCACUCGUUGGCUUCCUGAAAGUUGAUUCUCCAGGAGAGGCAGUGAAUCCAAAAGCUUACCCUUUGGCUGAUGCACAACUCACCAUAACUAUUAGGGAUCUCGUUCAACAAGCUGCCAGCUACAAGCUGCUCAAAAAGGGUGCUAAUGAAGCAACCAAGUCGCCAAACAGGUACUUCUGAGUUGGUACUUCUGAGUUUAUAGUCAUGGCGGCAGACGCCGAGCCACUUGAGAUUCUUCUCCAUCUUCCUCUGCUUGCUGAAGAUAAGAAUGUGCCCUAUGUGUUUGUGCCAUCAAAGCAAUCUCUUGGGCGAGCAUGCAGCGUCACCCGGCCGGUGAUUGCAAGUUCAGUGUUGAGUGGCGAGGGAAGUCAACUGAAAUCCCAAAUACAACAACUUAAGGAUGCCAUUGAAAAACUAUUAAUAUGA